UUCCUUACGGGAAUUUUCCAAUUUUUUGAAGAAUCUGGAAGAACAGAGAGAGAUUAUGGCAUUAAGUGUAACCGAAACCCUGAUUAAACCCUUGGAAAAAUUCAGGAAGGAGCAACUGGGAGCUGUAAAGGAAGAAAAGAAGAAGUUUGACAAAGAGACGGAGAAGAACUAUAGCCUAAUUGAUAAACAUUUGAAUUUAUCGGCAAAAAAGAAAGAUUCACAUUUACAAGAGGCAGACAUCCAAGUGGAGCAAAACCGGCAACACUUUUAUGAGCUGUCUCUGGAAUAUGUGUGUAAACUUCAGGAAAUCCAAGAAAGAAAGAAGUUUGAGUUCGUGGAACCUAUGCUGUCCUUUUUUCAGGGAAUGUUUACUUUCUAUCAUCAGGGCCAUGAACUUGCCAAAGACUUCAAUCACUACAAAAUGGAGCUACAGAUCAACAUUCAGAAUACACGGAAUCGUUUUGAAGGAACAAGAUCAGAAGUGGAAGAGCUUAUGAACAAAAUCAGACAGGAUCCCAAGGACCACAAGCGAGCCAGUCAGUUCACAGCAGAAGGCUACCUUUAUGUGCAGGAGAAAAGGCCUGCUCCGUUUGGUUCCAGCUGGGUAAAACACUACUGCAUGUAUCGGAAAACAGCCAAGAGGCUCAACAUGAUCCCAUUUGAGCACAGGUCUGGAGGCAAACUCGGGGAUGGAGACACCGUGUUUUUGAAAGAAUGUACCAAAAGGCAUACUGAUUCCAUUGACAGACGGUUCUGUUUCGAUGUAGAAGUUGCUGACCGGCCCGGCGUCGCCCUGACCCUGCAGGCGUUUUCCGAAGAGGAAAGGAAGCGGUGGAUGGAAGCACUGGGUGGAAAAGAAGCUCUGUUCCAUAGUUUCAGUAGAGCUGUCCCAAGACCAGAAGGAUGUGCACAGUUGGAUAAGAUGGGAUUCACAAUUCUCAGAAAAUGCAUCAAUGCUGUUGAAACACGAGGUAUAAAUGACCAAGGACUGUACAGAGUUGUGGGGGUGAGUUCAAAGGUCCAGCGACUUCUGAGUAUGUUGACGGAUGCAAAAACAUGUGAUGAGGUGGACCUGGAGACUUCUGUUGAUUGGGAGGUGAAGACAAUCACAAGCGCCCUGAAACAGUAUUUGAGGAGUCUUCCGGAGCCGCUCAUGACCUACGACUUACACGGAGACUUCAUUGUUCCCGCCAAAAGCGGAAGCCCAGAAUCUCGUGUUAAUGCGAUCCAUUUCUUGGUACACAAGCUGCCAGAGAAAAAUAAAGAAAUGUUGGAUAUUUUGGUGAAGCACUUAACAAAUGUUUCGAAUCACUCCAAGCAAAACCUAAUGACCGUGGCAAAUUUAGGAGUGGUGUUUGGACCGACUCUUAUGAGGCCGCAAGAAGAGACGGUUGCUGCCAUCAUGGACUUGAAGUUUCAGAACAUUGUGGUGGAGAUCUUGAUUGAAAACCACGAAAAGAUUUUUAGGACCCUGCCUGAUGCCACACUCUCGGAGGCAGCCCCACUGUCAACGUCACCCCCCAACGCACCCCCAAGGCAAUCGAAGAGACAAGGACCGAGGAACAAGAGGCCUCUGGCUGUGUAUAACCUGUGUCUUCAGUUGCAAGAUGGUGAUGGCUCUACCCCGCUUAAGGAGGACACCCCUACCGACAGUCUAGAUUCUCUUUCCUCCUCAUCUCCCACAACUGCCUCUGUCUACGGGCCUCUGGGACCAGACAAAAACCACCUUCUCAUGGAUGGGGAGAGCUCCGGGGAGUGGGCCACCACUGUUCCCUGUCAGACCCGGUCACCUAUGGUCCCGUGGCUCAACCCACAGUCUCCAACGACACUGAGCGCCAACCCAGCUGCCACACCUCCUUCACCAAAGUUGUCACCUCUCCUCCUCUCUCCGCUGGCCACCAUGGUGGACAAGACUCCUGAAAGCACCACCGGUCGGAAGGCCCGUGCGGUGUACCCUUGCCAGGCUGAACACAGCUCGGAGUUAUCUUUUGAAAUCGGAGCCAUUUUUGAGGAUGUGCAAACCUCCAGGGAACCUGGCUGGCUGGAGGGCACCCUGAACGGCAAGAGGGGGCUGAUCCCACAGAACUACGUCAAGCUGCUCUAGCUCCUGCCCUCCAGGCCCGCACAUGCCCCGGGCCCACGGACCUCCUGGGGCAACCACUGCCGUCUCCCCCUCACGACAGAACCCAUACCCACCUGGCCACGUGAAAUUGAACUCCAGAGGGGAGGGGACUGGAGGCACCCAGCAGAACUGGGCAGGGUGGGAGACCCACGCAGGACUCAUCGAAUGGACUUGUCAACAGCCCGAGGGAGGGUGCCUACUGCGGAUCUGGCCUCACGCCUUCCCCGGGCACCUGCUGCUGAGAUUUGAAAGGGAACCAGGCCUCCUGGCAGUGUUGCGUUGCCAGGGGAGCUCUGGGCACUGGCCGCCAUGGUCUGGCUGGUGCUUUGUCCAGAGCAACGGCUGCUGGGAACAGAGGGUGAUCUGAUCAACCUGUGAGAAGCAGGGACACACUUUGCUUGCCCUCUCCCUGCCGACUGCACCCUCCUCCCCGUCCCUGUGCUCACCCCCCUGGAACGCACACCGGCAUAUUUAUGACAGGCUUCUCCUUGGUGCUUCUCACCUGUGUGCUGUUUUCCGAACACCACCUCUCUGCCCCAAGGUCUCUGUAAAUGAAAUAAAGUGUAAUUUACUACUUGA